GCUCGCGGUGACUCUCCCCGGGAUGGAAAAGUGGAUUACUGCCCCUGCCGACGCUCACUGUGGAUGUCUGAAUAAACCAGGAGAGGACACGCGCGCAUGAAUGGAUCUAAAGCCUUUUUUCGUGAAAUGGGAACUAACUGUGCACGUUUUCGCUUUGGUGUGAAGCUCUCCGUGGCUGGGUGUGGGUGGUUGUGUCAGGGCUGAGGCCCGGCCCUCUCCCAUGCGCCCCUGUGCCCGCUCACACAGCUGGCGCCUCCACGCACCCACGCGGCGCCCACACAGCCUCCACUGACGCUGUCACCGGGACCCCCCUGCAGGACCCCCCUGCAGGACCCCCACCGGAGCAGAGGCACAGGAGCUUAGCCCAGAGGGAGUCUGACCAUGUCCACAGAGACUGAGCUGCAGCCCGCGGUCAGGCCCAGCACUCUCAGACGGGACUCCAGACGAAAAGGGCAGGAUCGCAGCGAGGCAGCUCUCAUCAGGCGUUUUAAGGGCGAUGGCGUCCGCUACAAGGCCAAGCUCAUCGGCCUGGACGAGGUCACUGCCGCCCGAGGAGACAAGCUCUGCCAGGACUCCAUGAUGAAGCUCAAGGGCAUAGCAGCAGCAGCACGGUCCAAAGGAGAGCACAAGCAGAAGGUGUUCUUGACAGUAUCCUUUGGAGGGAUCAAAAUCUAUGAUGAGAAGUCAGGGGUUCUUCAGCACCACCAUGCAGUCCAUGAGAUCUCCUACAUCGCCAAGGACAUCACAGACCACCGAGCAUUUGGAUACGUCUGUGGGAAGGAGGGCAACCACCGCUUUGUGGCCAUCAAGACUGCACAGUCGGCCGAGCCUGUCAUAUUGGACCUUCGGGACCUGUUCCAGCUCAUCUAUGAGAUAAAGCAGAGGGAGGAGGUGGAGAAGAAGGCUCAGAAGGACAAGCAGUGUGAGCAGGCCGUCUACCAGAAUGGACAUCAAACCACCCCUUAUCAUCAUCAUCAUCAUCAUCAUCAUCAUGAUCUUCAUCAGCCACAACCAUCCCAUUUCCAGGAGACACCAGCCCCAGAGCCGCAGGCAGCAGCAGACCUCACAGACUUUCUGGGUCUGGACAUUGUGACUCAGAACAUCAACCAGUUAGAGAUUUUUGGAGAUAUGUCCACGCCUCCUGACAUCACCUCUCCAUCUACACCCGCCUCUCCAGCCAACACCCUGGACCCCUCCCAAGGCCUGCAGCCCCCCACCGAACUGUUUGCUCCCUUCAACCCUGCGUCUGUGCCCUCAGGUUAUGUGACCAUGGGAGCGGUGCCUCCAGGACACUGGGCGCAGACGCCUUUGGCCUUCGGCGUUCAGUCGCCAUUGGGUCCUGUGGCACAGGUCUUGCCUGGGGGUCAGCCUCUGAUCUGGGGCCAGGCUAACAUCUUCCCUGCCACACAGCAGCAGUGGGCAGCCAUGGCGGCAGGAGCCUACCCCACAGCCUACCUCCCUGCCCAGCCCGUGGGCACGCUGCCUGCAGCCAUGUUCCAGACACUGACCCCAGUCACCACAGUGACCCCUGCUGGAGAGAGCCUUUCAGCUGGGGCCAGCGCCUCAGCCCCCUCCCCUUCCGCAUCGUCCAGUCCGCAGCAUGGGGAGCGGGCAAAGAAGAUGGGCAAAGAGAUGUUCAAGGAUUUCCAGCUGGCCAAGCCUCCUGCCAUGCCCUCCAAGAAGUCAGAGCAGCCCGGCUUAGCAGGAACCUCCGAAGCAUUCAGCACUUACUUCAGCCGUGUGGGCACUGCCCAGGACACGGACGACUGUGACGACUUUGACAUUUCUCAGAUGAACUUGACACCAGUCACCUCCACCACGCCAUCCACCAACUCGCCUCCCACCCCAGCUCCCAGACAGAGCUCUCCCUCCAAAUCAUCGGCCUCCCACGUCAGUGACCCCCACACGGACGCCACAGACCCCCCCACGGAUGCCACGGACCCCCCCACUGAUGACUCAUUUGGGGAGGCAGAGGGCAGCCCGAGUCGCAGUGGAGAGGAGGAUGCUAAGGGAAAAGACCCUCUCUACGCCAAGAUCAACAAAGGGAAGAAAUAGAGACCCACAGGAAGAUGCACCCGACCAGCAGCAGUGGGGCAGGAGCAGAGCCCCCCUCAUCACUGUAUGAAUGUGUAACUCCUCUUCAUCAACUUCUGCUAACAAUGUCCCAGGAGGAGCCACUGCGCCCCUUCUCUGUCACCCUCCUCCUCUGCAGCUUCAUCACCACGCACUGUGCUGUCUCCUCCUCUCGUCUCCCUGUGGCCAAUCAGAGCCAGCCUUACACAUACUAUGGACUCCACCCUGUCCCACACGCUCCUGCUGCCCUGCACCUGCUCCUCUUCUCGCCCCUCUGGCCUGGGACUGUCCUGCCAGGGAGGGGUUACCGAAUCAAGCAGUGCCUCUCCCUCUGUCUCCAUCCAACUUACCGUUCAAGUACAUGCACGCUUACAAGGAUUAGAGAGAUCAUCUUUUCUUUUGAGAAUCUGUGCUGGGACAAGACAUACGAGGAUUGCUACUUCUGAUUGGUCGGUCGCUUUUGGGCGUUUCCCCAUCCUUGUGAGUGUCUGCUGGAUCUCUAUGCAGAAACAGACUCUCUGGGAGCUCCUCACACACAUGCAGUACACACAAACAUCGCCUAACACACACACGUGAUUUGCCAAACGUCUCUCUAGCAGAAAGACUGAAGGCUUAAGGACCAGACGAACUGCAGAACGGACCCAAGAGGGAAGAGGCCAGGGACAGAUUCUGUGAUUGAACUCUUCAUUCUCUAUAGCUUUUGUACAAUACUGAUUUAAAAAAUGAAAAAAGUGAAUUUUUAUUUUAUAAGUCAAUCAAGCCGCUGGGGUCAGCUCUAUUGGACUUAUAGAGUCUACAUGGCUUUAAGGCAUCUGAUAGUUGGUUUGCCAAACUCAUUUUGUAAAUAAUAAUAACAACCAUUCUGUCCACUGGACUUCUGUGCCAUAAAAUAGGAAGGCUUCAGUUAUGCAAACUCUUAACUUUACCCAAGCAAUACCAACAUAUGUUUUCCUUUCAGGGUCACACUAUGUUUAUUGCCCUAAUUUAGAAUGUAGACCUGUUAUACUUCUCAGCUAAUCCUGCUUCCAGCUCCAAACAUUGCAUCAUUUUUGUCUCAAACCAAUAAACCUUAAUGUUAAGUUAAAGAUUUUACCACCCUUGUACUUUGUGUGAAAAGUUGCGUUCUGUUUUUUGUGUUUCUCCACACUCUGAUUGGUCAGUAUCAGUUCAUGUCCCGCCCAUUUCUCUGUCAGUCAGGUGCCAAACUGCUGCUGUCCGUGACAGCUGCAGCCUCCUCUGCUACAGCUCCAUACUGUGAUGCCAGUCACUCCCUAUUUUAUGGCCAGAGUCCCUGUCCACGUCGCCUGGAGAGGAAACACAUGACAUCCAGGAGACAAGAGCAAAGAAUAAAUAAAAAGGGAACCAUUGCUGUUUGAGUACAUAACAUUUCUAGACCUAUUUUAACUUUACCUCAGCUAACAGUUUCUUAAUGUAAAAUUGACACCUUAUUUUUAUCUUUAUGACUAUGACAUUCUACAGUGGGUUUAUAGAUGAUUUUGGUUCAGUUGAUUAUGCCACCAUGUAUUACUGUUACAA